AUGUUAUCCGCCAUCAACCGACCAGAGGACACGGUACGUGGGCCACGCAGCUUCCGGGGACGAGGGAGAAAAGGGAUCGAGCGACUCCCUGGCCCCCCCCCUCCGUUGUCCUACAACGAAGGCUCGCCGCGCAUAGAGCACGAUGGAUCCAGACCGGGUACUGCGAUGAGCGACCACCCCAGCAGUGGUAGUAAACAACCGUCAAAUUCGAAGCCUCUGUCGCAUGAGGAAACGAUUGAGCUCGCUCGGCGCGCGGUGGAAAGUGGAAUUCAAGAUACCAAGCGGUCUUUGGCUGGAAGCGAGGCUGUCACAGAUGUGGUCAAGCCGAAGCUGACAAUCGAUCUGGGUCAUUCUCAUAUUGUCAGAAUACCGGAGCCGGUGGUGGACAUUAUAAAGGAUGAGGUGGAAAGGCUUUCACUGUCGAAUAACCACCUAUUUCAUAUUCCCUAUCGCUUUGCUGAGUGCUCGCAUCUUCGAUAUCUCAACAUUCGAGCGAACAACUUCCGUGAAUUUCCCAAAGGAGUCUAUAAACUACCUUUGCUGGAGAUUCUUGAUCUCAGUAGGAAUAAGAUUCUGGUACUUCCCGACGAGAUUAGCAAGUUGAGAUCACUACGAGUGUUGUCAAUCAUGCAGAACCGGUUGGAUGACCUCCCAGUUGGGUUGUCCGAUAUGAACAAGCUCCAGAUCCUCAAGAUAGCAGGCAAUCCCUUGCGAUAUCCUCUUCGCCGUGUACUAGAGGCAUCAGAGGCUGAAAUUGCCCCUACUAUGACGGACAAUGAAAAGGAGGUUGCGGUGACUGCGGAACUAAAGCGGUUCCUGAAAACCCGGCAGCAAGCGACAACGCCCGAGCCGGAGAGCAGCGGCGAUACAAGCGAUGUUUCGUUUGAUACGCCAAAACCCGUACCGGUCAAACGCAAACUGAGUAGUCGUUUCCCCGUCAUCCCAAGCACAGGUGAUAGCUCUACCCCUUCCUCUCGAUCUCCCUCCAUCUCACGACCACCCCCAAUUCCCGCCAAGUCGCACUUCCGAAUGGCUUCUGGUCAACAGCCGGCUGGGUAUCAUAUGCCUGGUCUCCAGCGACCUGGUGCAAACCCUCACGCUGUCAACGAACGCAAUCGCAGCAAUAGUGAGGGCAUCAUUCAGGCAUCCUUUUCAGCUCGCAACAAAAGGAUGGGCCUCAUUACCCGCAAGAAUACCGACCUGGGGACCUUGGAUGAGACUCGGCCAUAUCGAAACAGCCAUUUGCGUGGCCUCAGCCACGGGUCUGUUCUCCGAGCGCACUCGACAGCACCAGCUCCUGCCAGCAGCAGCAGCUCGUCAAGUCCCAGCAGCCCACAAGAACGCCGACGUGCACGAGAGGGUUGGGUCAAUCGCAUGUCGAGUCUUCCAGAGCACAAAGGCGAACAUGGAUUAGAUGACCCUAUCAUCAAGAGCGCCAAGGGCAUCCUGUUCGCGCUCUUCCAGGUUCACUCCCACAUCUCUACCCUGAUCAACGUGAUCAAGGGCGACGACACACGCCGCCACAGCCUUGAGCUCGUGUUCUACAAUGCCUCUUCUCACAUCGAUCGACUCAAUGAAGCCCUCCUGAAUGCCGAAACUUCAGUGCCUGACAGUGCCGAGGCCGGACGUUUACUCACGGAGACCGUCAAGCGCGAAUGUGAGACGUGUAUCGUGGCUUAUACCCACGUUGGUACACAACUGCGGAACAAUGUUGCAAGCAUUGUCGCUAAUGGUGACCCGCGGUAUGUGCGCUCGCUGAUGUUGACGAUCUUUGGCAGCAUUGUGGAACUGCGGAAUGCCUGUGCCAGCCUCAACGUCCCCAUGUCCCAGCCUCAAGAACCAACCCCGGCUCCCAAGGCAAAUGUGCCAGAGCCCGUCAAGGGCCCUCCUACAGAUCGAUUCCAGCGAUCUAUUGUCACUCCGACUCGGGACCCAGCUCCCCCGACACGGCGACUCAGAAGCGACACUACCAUCCGGCACCCUCAGAUGGCAAUGGGGGCCUUGUCAUUGAACCCUUCCAGCCAACAAGCGACUGGAUCACCCGGCUACAAUACUCCGUCCUUCAACUACGCACGCAGUCGAUCAAGCAGCCGGUCCAAUCUCAUCAACACCUCGGUGCCGUCGUCUUUGGCGACACCACGCUCCGGAGAGGCAUUUCCUCCCAUUCCCACAUCGGCUGGCGCACCUCGAAUUAACCCAUUGACUGGCCUAGACGAGAUCGAAGAGGAACGGAUUUUCGAGAAGAUCUUCCAUCAACUCACUUCCGCUUACAGCUCUGCUCUCCAGGCUCUUCCACUGGCUCGGCGACAGUUCAGCCGAUGCCUUGAAGUGGCUGAGCAAUCGCGCGAGUCUGAGGGAAUUCAAGUUCUCUGGAACAACCUCAUCCGCCGAUGCCGAUUCUGCCUAGAAGUUUCCGAGGCACUGGGAAUGCGCCUGUCUAACAUGAAAGUGAAGGAGCCAGGUGGCGGACUACGGAACCAGCGCGAGUUCUGGCAACUGUGCAAGACCUUCAUGCAGUCGUUUGUCGAUCUCGUGACUGAUAUGCGAGAAGUGCGGAGCAUGCAACUCCUCCCAGGGGACAUUAUCAUCAUCCUGCGUCCGGUCCAGAAAGCCAGUCGAGAGGCGGGCCGCCUGAUCGAGGCCUCCCCCUGGUCAUACCUUGCAGACAUGGCUCCAACCCACACGCCAAGCAAUUUGUAUGGCCCGCCGCUCCAACCCCCUCACCCACUACACUCGCAGCACCAAACCUCCGUGUCAACUUCGGCAAUUGGGUCUCACUCAACUGCGUAUCAGCUGGCUGCGAACAUGUCCCCACAGUCGGUCACUGUUCCUGCCACUCCUCUGAGUGCAGCGCUGGGCCCCGCCGCGCAGGCUACUGUGCCCUCUACCCCGGCGAGUGCAUACAGUGAUAAGUUCUUCGAGGGCGACGUAUUUCAGCGAGCGGACUCGCUCCUUUCAAUGCCUAACCAGACGCCCUUCUUCUCUCGUCGUUGA